GAAAUCAUACUGGAUUAAUAAUUAUAUUAGUACUUUUGGUGCUUCAUCGUCGGUUCAUCUCGAUGUGGAAAGAGUACUUAUAGUUGCAAGUUCCGAAGUUCGUAGGAAAAUAUUUACGAUUUCAAAAGACUCUGAUCAUACCAUUAAAACAGACUUGACUGAAAAUAUUAAGCCCUAGUCAAAUUCAUUAGCACAAUGACCACCACACUCACCGAACAAGCUCCCUCCGAGCACAUCACCAAGCUCGAAACCAACCCCACUACACCUCACGAUAUUAAAGGAGUUCUGAAUUAUUACCUUGAUCCAGAAGAUGGAAGUCCCCCAGAGCCCAAUUACGUGAACAAGCCUAACACUUAUGAUCGUCCCGUGCAUUCAGUGGAGGUAACUGUUCACGAUAUCCGCGGCUCGGAAGACCAGUAUACAUUGGACACCACCGGUUUCCAGGUCGUGAAACAUGUUAGUCGAGAGAAAGAUUUCGUGGAUGAGGAGAAGAUCAAAAGUGAUUACUACAAAGAAACAGAAGAAUUGUUAAAAAGAGAAACCGGAGCAUCCAAAAUUUUCAUCUUCGACCACACCAUCCGACGCGAAGCUCUUGAUACGAGAGCCCCAGCAGCUUCAUCCACUGAUACAAUCAAUAAGAAUCCCGCUCCAGUUGUUUUCCGCGGUCCUGUUCAACGCGUUCACAUCGAUCAAUCCUAUGCCGCCAGUCCCCGCCGCGUAACCCACCAUCUUCCUGAAGAAGCUGAGAGACUCCUCAAAGGACGUUUCCAAAUCAUCAAUGUUUGGCGACCCAUCAAGACAAUCCUUAAAGAUCCCCUUGGUGUUGCGGCUGCCAACUCAGUUGAUGAAAAAGAUCUUGUUCCAAUCAAACUUAUUUAUCCCGACCGCGAAGGAGAAACUUACUCAGUGCGUCAUGCUCCGGGCCAUAAAUGGAACUAUUUGUAUAAGCAGACACCUGAGGAGGUGCUUUUGAUCAAGUGUUUUGAUAGUAAGACUGAUGGAAGAGCGAGACGUGUUCCGCAUAGUGCGUUUGUGAAUCCCGAACAUGAGGGAGAGAAGAAAAGAGAGAGUAUUGAGGUUAGGGCAUUGGUUUUCCACCCCGAUGAUACAGAAUAGAGAGAAAUCUGAUGGACGUAGCAAGGAAUUUUGGGAAUGUAAGAAAUAUGGGAGGAAAGCAUAAAUCUAAAUUGAACCAGUCUUAUCCUAUGAGAAAUAUUUUGAAAUGCCGGAUCGGCAUAUUUAAGCCAGUUUCAUCUAUUUUCAGAAACCAUCUUAGUUAACAGGGUCAAAUUCUGUAAUCGUAUCGUGCAACGAAAUUCAAGAAGCUGAACAAUUGACGCUGGGGCUGAGAAGCAAGUUGCAGUGGUUAUCUCAUUCAGGACGAUUCUGACCUUGUCGAAGACCGUUCGGUCACCUGAGUUUAACCUCAUCGAGUUUAGCAAUGAACAUUAAUUGAUCUCAUGAAAUAACCACGGAAACGAAUCUUGAACUACAGAGAUCGAAACAAAGAUAUAGUAAUAAUGUUAUUUUCUUGACACCUCUACA